CUAACAAGGCCAGACAACUGGUGACUGUUCAGAUUCCUGUAAAAUAGCAACGACCAGUAGAUCUAUAUACUUCGAAGAAAGACAGGCAACUGCAACACCAACCUAGGUCGGAUUCAGGGUCGACAGCUUCGACUAAGUGUACGCCCGCACUAGACCUAUUUACGUAGAUCUACUCCACACGUAACAGUGGUCCUUGGUCCACUAAAACAGCCGCACACAGACAGGCCACAGAUCACAGCAAGUGUCAGGAUUGUUUCUUGAAUGAUGUCAGCUCUCUCACCACGCGAGUCCGGGAGGUUUAUAGCUGAGACAAGCAAAGAUGUGACCAUCAAUCUCGAUGGCGUCAAGAAGUGUGCCAAGUUUGUGUACGAGGAGGUGAAGAAGACGGGGUAUGGGGUGAGAUCCUGGAGGGAGAACGAACUUCACCCGAAGACAAUGGACGAAGCUGCAGUGAACUGGGUGUUCGUGGCCGAUGCUCUCAACUUCUGUUUCUGGUCACGUGACCCCAGCAAGAAGUACUACGUUGACUACAAGGGCAAGAAAUGGACAGGCUACUGGUGUCUGUGUGCAGCUCUCAACAGGGCUAUUGAGGAUGGUAUCAACAUCACUGACCCCAACUUUUAUGCCAGCAUCACACAGGACCAACUGGCAUCCGUGUUCCGGUCGGAGUCAGAGGUAGACAUUCCGCUGUUUCAGGAGAGACUGGACGUGUUGCACCAAGUGGGUCAAGUCCUCAUACAGAAAUAUGAGGGCAACUUCGCCAACUGUGUCAAGAAGUGCAAUGGCAGUGCCAAGGAUCUUCUCAACCUCAUUGUUACAGAGUUCCCUCCCUUUAGAGAUGAGGCUGAUUAUAAUGGGAAAAGAGUGUCACUCCAUAAGAGAGCCCAGAUCCUGAUCGCUGACGUCUGGGGAUGCUGCGAGGGAAAGGGUCUGGGGACGUUUCACGACAUUGACAGCAUCACCAUGUUUGCAGAUUACAGGGUGCCACAGGUCCUGGUCUACUUUGGAGCUCUGCAGUACUCAAACACUCUCAUGGACCUGCUCCGUGCAGACACUCUGAUGAAGAAUGGCGACCGUCUGGAGGUGGAGAUCCGGGGAUGCAGUAUAUGGGCUACUGAGCUGGUGUGUGAGGAAGCCAAACGAUUGAAGGAAGCAGACAGUGACACCCUGGACUUUCAGAUCAACUCCAUUCUCAUUGAUGAGUUUCUGUGGGACUUCAGACGAGCUCAUGUUCAGGAAACAGACUCUAUACCAUAUCACAAAGUACGCUGUAUUUAUUACUGAUGAGAAACAAACCUUCACCCUGAUCGGUUGUGUUUGGUUAACACUGUGACACCCUACAAUAAAUCAUAUUGGAAGAAACUUUGAGUGUUCUGGAAAGACAGACUGGUAAUAGGAACCUGACAAAGUCACAGCCAGGAACAGACAAAAUUCUUAUCAGCCACUGUGUAACUUCAGCAUAUGUUUGGUUCAUUGUUUUUUAUACAAAUGUUUUUGUUUAUAUCCAGACUAAUAGGACACAAACAAAGACAGGCAGGCUAGUCUAUAUUUUAACUUUUCUUGAUGUUAACUGAUAAUUCCUCUUUGUGAAUAUAUCUAUUCCCUCUCUAUCAGGGGUGGGUGGGUAGCCUAGUGGUUAAAGUGUUUGCUAGUCAUGAAGACCCAA